UAGCAGUCGGUUUAUAAGUGACUUUAUUGAUUCAUUUUGUGUCUUGUUAUUGUUGUCAAAAAGUAUAACGGAAGUGCCUCACAACUGAAGCGGAAACCAGUUUGAUGCGCAAAGUAGUCCACUUCUUAUUGCACAAUGUCUGGAAAGAAGUUGUUGAACACAGUGGAGAGAUGUGUUGAUGAGAAUCUUGAGGGGCUUGUGACUAUCAACCCAGGUUUGCGGCUUAUCAAGGACACUCGAGUUGUUGUGCGUGCAGACAUAGAGAGUGUGAAGAAAGCUGGGAAGGUGACACUCCUGUGUGGGGGCGGAUCUGGUCAUGAACCUGCUCAUGCUGGUUAUGUGGGAAGUGGUAUGCUGAGUUGUGCAGUAGCUGGUUCUGUGUUCACUUCGCCCCCACCUCAGGACAUUCUGACAGGUCUAAGAAUGAUUACUAAAGAUAAUCCAGGUGGGUGCUUUGUUAUGGUUCCUAACUACACUGGGGACAGACUCAAUUAUGGGAUAGGCAUGGAGCGGGGAAAGCAUGAGGGUUUGAAAAUAUCGGCUGUCACUGUUGGAGAGGACUGUGCUACAUCAUCUAAAGAUAAAUCAGCAGGGAGGCGGGGUCUCUGUGGAAUGUUCCUACUUAUUAAGAUAGCGGGUGCUCUUGCAGAAGAAGGCAGAAGUCUUGAUGAGGUCACAAAGUUAUCACAGCUAGCUGUAGACAACAUGGGUACAAUAGGGCUGGCACUAGGAGCUUGUUCGACACCAGGAUCCAAUGGUCCACUUUUUACUGUACAGCCAGAUGAAAUGGAGCUUGGAUUAGGGCUCCAUGGUGAAGCAGGAGUUAAAAGGAUUAAAUUACUGACUGCCAAGGAAACUGUGAAGGUGAUGAUAGAUCACAUGACAAACCCGGAGAACAGUACACAUCUGCCAGUCAAAAAAGGUGACAGGGUAGCAUGUAUGAUCAACAACCUGGGAGGAAUGUCAGUUCUCGAGAUGAAUGUGAUUGCCAAGGAAACCAUUCAGUAUCUUGAAGGAAACCUAGGCUUGAAAGUGGACAGAGCCUACUGUGGUGCAUAUGUUACUUCCUUAGAGAUGGCUGGUAUCUCCAUAUCUUUGUUACAUCUCAAUGAUACUUUCACAAGAUGUUUAGAUGCUCCAACAUCAGCUCCAGCUUGGCUUGUUCCAUUGUUGGGACCAGGACAGACAGACAGACAAACACCAGCACCCAUGAUGCCUAUAGGUGGACCUAGCUCUGAAGUACAGGAAGCACAAGGCUUAAGUAUUUCUAAGGCUGAAGGUGAUAGAAUAUAUGAUAUCAUAGAGAAAGUAUGUGACAGUCUACAGUCAGUGAAGGAAAUGUUGGAUGGUCUGGACAGUGAAAGUGGGGAUGGUGAUUGUGGCUCUACAAUGGCCAGAGGAGCUCAGUGUAUCAAAGAAAAACUGGGUAAAAAGGAAACUCCAGGUCUGCCUGUCACCAAUCCGUCCCAGCUGUCACUAGAACUUGCCAGUAUUGUAGAAUCAGUUAUGGGGGGAUCCUCUGGAGGGAUUUACAGUUUGUUUUUCACUGCUGCAUCAAGCCAGCUACAGAAAGAAGUCACGUCACAAACAUGGUUACAGGCAAUGGCUGCAGGAAUAGCUGCAAUACAAAGAUAUGGUGGUGCAGAGCCAGGAGAUAGAACCAUGUUAGAUGCACUGUGGGCAGCAAAGGAAACCUUUGAGAAAAAAUUAGCAGAUUCCUCACCUGUGGAAGCAUUUAGAGAAGCUGUAAAGGCAGGAGAAAGUGCUGCAGAGAGUACAAAGGAUAUGAAAGCUCGUGCAGGACGUGCCAGUUAUGUCAGUGCUGACCUACUUACGAAAGCAGAUCCCGGUGCUAUGGCUGUUGCUGUCUGGUUGAAAGCUAUACUAGAGUUGCUUGUCUAAUGGCAGACUGUUCAUUCCAUAAAACUUUUCCUAUCAUUUUAUAAUGUGAAAAUUUGACUGCUACAGUUCUAGUUGUUACAAGGUUUCUACAUAAUUAUACUGUUUGUCAGAUACAAAUGAGCCGUGCCAUGGGAAAACCAACAUAGUGGGUGUGCGACCAG